AUGCUGUCUCAUCGCCUCUCGUCCAUGACGUCGUGUGCCUCCACGACUUCGCGGGCCGCACGUCUGCCGCGCAGCUCUUCCCUGCGCGCUCCGUUCUCAACUACUCCAUCGAGGCACUCUUACGAAGAUACGAUCCAAAACUUGAAAAUUGGCCGGCACACGCGAGUCAUCUUCCAGGGUUUUACCGGCCGCCAGGCCACGGCCAACGCAAAAGAGUCGCUCACGUGGGGUACUAAUAUCGUGGGUGGUGUUAAGCCAGGAAGCGAAGGGGAGCACUUGGGGCUCCCGGUUUUCCCAAGCGUACGGGCAGCGCAGGAGAAGUUGAAGCCGGAUGCCACCGGCAUCUAUGUCGCGGCGCACCAGGCAGCGCCGGCCAUUGAAGAGGCCAUUGAGGCUGAGAUUCCUCUGAUCGUUGCUGUUGCCGAGCAUAUCCCUUUGCAUGACAUCUUGAGAAUACACUCCAUGCUCAACACUCAGUCGAAAUCUCGACUUGUAGGUGCCAAUGCUCCAGGCAUCAUUUCAGCCAUCGGGCGGUGCCGAAUUGGAUUCCAGCCACUGCCCUGCUUUUCUCCUGGUAAUGUCGGUGUAGUUGCCAAAUCAGGGACUCUGAGCUACGAGACGGUUGCCUCUCUCACGCGUGCCGGACUUGGCCAGAGUCUCUGCAUUUCCAUGGGCGGUGACGUCAUCGCCGGCACCAAUUUCGUUGACGCGCUCAAAGUAUUCGAGCAUGACUCGGAUACCGAGGGCAUCAUCGUGGUCGGCGAAGUUGGUGGCCGUGCCGAAGAGGAGGCGGCAGAGUGGAUUAGAGAGUACAGAAAACGCACCGCCAAGCCAAAGCCAAUCGCUGCCCUCGUUGGCGGCAAGCUUGCUCCGGUUGAUCGGGUGAUGGGACAUGCAGGUGCCUGGCCCGCUCCCGGUGAGAAUCUAGCGGAGGUCAAGGCUCGACUUCUUGAGAAUGCUGGUGCGGUGCUGGUAGAUCAUCCAGCCAAAUUCGGUAAUGUGAUGAAGGGACUUCUCGCCGAGAGCAACAGGAAUGGAAAAAUUCAAUCUUCAGCAUCCAGCGCAGCCAGUCAACGCCGCGGGUACCACACCUCCCACCGCCCACACCUGCCAUCAACCACUCAACCUUUUGCCUCUGGCAAGUCUCAGAGACGCAGUCUCCAUCUCAACGCACCCCAAGCUUCCUCCCUCCUCUCUGAACAUGGCAUCAAAACCACUCGCGAGCCGAACUCCAAUGAAGACUCCCGCUACGUCAGCAUAACCAUCGACCGCUCCACACGCUCCCCCGCCUUUGUCGUCUCUCCCUCAACCCACCCUCGAGACAUCUACGCCCGCGCACGCUACAUCCCCUUCGACUACCGGGCGGGUCCUACACAAGAAACCCUCACUCGCGCCCUGGAGCAGCUCCACAUGGAUGCGGCGCCACCCGGCGCGAAAGCCGCUACGCACCAGCUCCUGAAGACGCUCUGGACGCUCUUCCACACCUACGAAGGCGUCAGUCUCUCCACGCACCUCGCCGUCGCCGCCGACGCCGACUCCCUCCUGGUAUACAACCCGGACUUCACCUUCGACGACGCCGCCUUCCGCUCCUGCAAGCGCCACGCCGCGCUGCACGCCCAACGUGACACCACCCCCUCGGCCAUCGAUCCAUCCGAGCUCAGCGCCGAGAGCGACGGCAUCGUGUACGUCAAGCUGGGCCUGUCGUCGUCGUCCGCGGACGACCCGUCCAGCCACAACAUCGGCACGCUGGUCAACGGCGCGGGGCUGGCCAUGAACACGGUCGACGCCCUGGCGCUGCCGCCGCACCACGGCCGCGCCGCAAACUUCCUCGAUACGGGCGGCAAGGCCACGUCCGCCACCGUCAAGCGCAGCUUCGAGCUGCUGCUCGCCGACGACCGCGUCCGCGUCAUCUUCGUCAACAUCUUCGGCGGCCUGACCCUCUGCGACAUGAUCGCCGAGGGCAUCCUGCUGGCCUUCCGCGAGCUCGGCCUCGAGGAGAAGGGCAUCCCCGUCGUCGUGCGCCUGCGCGGCACGAACGAGGCCGAGGGCCAGAAGAUUGUGGCCGAGAGCGGGCUGAAGGUCUAUGCGUACGAUGGUUUCGAUGAGGCCGCGGCCAAGUGCGUUGAGUUGGCGAGGGAGAGGAGCUGA